GCGCCGCGACACGACACACAAAAACAUUGAACGGAUAUCAACGCGAACGCUAUCGACAACCGCACGCCACACAUCAAGCAAGAUGGGUAAGAACCAGCACUCGAAGGAUCGCCUGUUCAUCACGGCGUCAGAAUGGGCAACCUUGUACGGCGGAAAGAAGAAGGAAGCACCAGGCGCGAGUGCCAAGUACAAGAAGCUUCCCUUUGACUGCUGUUGUUUGUCGCUGCAGCCGGUCGAGCACCCCAUGUGUACCCGAGAUGGCUACGUGUUUGAUCUCGUCAACAUUGUCCCCUUUAUUCGCAAGCAUGGCCUACACCCCGUCACCGGCGAGAAGCUUGCGCUCAAGGACCUCAUCAAGCUCAACUUCACAAAAAACGCAGACGGCAAGUAUCAUUGCCCCGUCACGUUUAAGGUGUUCAACGAGCACACCCACAUCUCCGCCAUUGCCACCACGGGUAACGUGUACGCCCAUGACGCCAUCAAGGAGUUCAACAUCAAGGCGAAGAACUGGAACGACCUGCUGACGGAGGAGCCGUUUAAGCGGGCGGAUAUCAUCACGCUGCAGGAUCCCAUGAACCCGGAGAAGAACAACUUUGCCAACUUUUACUACAUCAAGAAGAAGCUGACGUAUGGCAAGCAGAAGGCCGAUGACGGUCGCUCCACCGUGCGCUCCGGCAACACAGAUACACAGGCCAUCCUGGACGAGGUUGCAAAGUCGGAUAUGGUGGCGGCAAACAAGAAGUACUCGUCAGUGCUGAGCUCCGACGCAGCAGCAGACCCACAGGACAAGGAACACACCGCGCACUUCUCAACAGGUGAGGUGAGCCGGUCGUUCACCGCGACGCAUCUGACCGUUCGCACAAAGAACACCGCUGCAUCCAUCGACGACGAUGUUGUCCGAUACAAGAACAUCAAGGACAAGGCAUACGUGCGCCUGCGAACAACGUUCGGAGACAUCAACAUCGAGCUGCACUGCGAUAUUGUGCCGAAGACAUGCGACAACUUUCUCCGCCACGUCCGAUCUGGCUACUACAACAACACCAUCUUCCACCGCAACAUCAGAAACUUCAUGAUCCAGGGUGGCGACCCGACGGGCACGGGCCAGGGCGGCGAGUCGGCAUUUGGCGGGAAACCAUUCAAGGACGAAUUCGCGCCAAACCUCAAGCACAAAGGACGCGGUGUUGUGAGCAUGGCCAACAAAGGACCCAACACAAACGGAUCACAGUUCUUCAUCACGUAUCGGUCAUGUCCACAUCUUGACCGGAAACACUCUGUGUUUGGCCAAGUUGUUGGCGGAUUUGAUGUGCUUCUGGCGAUGGAGAGAGCAAAGGUCGAUGACGACAACAGGCCAACAGAGGAGAUUAAGAUCUUUGACGUGAAGGUCUUCAAGGAUCCGUUCCAGGACCUCGACACCCAGAAGCAGCAGGAGGCUGCAGCAAAGGCAGAUGAGAAGAAAAAGGAAGAGAAGAAGAAGAAGGAAACGGCUGCUCCAAAGAAAUACCGAUCUGGCGUGGGAAAAUACAUUGCACCGUCCGGCAAACGAGGCGCAUCAUCAUCAUCAUCGUCAUCGUCAUCGUCGUCAACACUGCUGUCCUCGUCCUCUGUUCCAUCCUCAAAGAAGUCAAAGCCAUCUGGCGGCUUUGGCAACUUUAGCUCGUGGUAAAUGUGUGUGUGUGUGUGUGUGCUUGAUGCGUUGUGGGUGGAUGUGUGAAUGGUGCGUGGAUAUGUGUGUGUGUGCGUGGAUGUGUGGGUGUUUGAUGCGUUGUGGAUGUGGUUGUGAACGUGGUUGGCGCGUUUCGCGUUUUGUGUCCGACCACGCCCCCAAAAUGGCAUAAACCACAAGAAGCAA